AAUAUACGGACUAGUUUGUUUUAUUACUCUUCAGUCUUCACUACUCUCUAUUGUGGGAGAGAGAAAACACACAAAAUAGGAGCUUUUUAGAGAGAAAGAGUGAGUGAGAGUCUCUGAAGAGUAUUUCAGAAGCUCAGUGCUUCCCUGAUUUUGAGGCAGAGAGAGACUGAGAGGAGUGGAGGGCAAGUUUCACACGUAGAGACACACCGCUUGUCAAAACCCAAAGACUCUUUUCUUCUCUCUUUCCUUUACUUGCAUUUGCUGCCUCCCCUUGUUUUGUAACCAAAGAAAAUAACCCAUCAUCAACUCAUCUUUCUCAAGUUUUAAUUUCCAGAGCUGAAAGAGAGGAGAGAGUGAAAACAGUCAGAAAGAAGAGGGCUUUUUGGUGCCCAGUUGGGGACUUUGAGAUAAUGCUGAGGAAGAGGACCAGGUCAACUCAGAAGGAUCAAGAUCAACACCAAAUGGGGCAUCUGCCAAUUUCUAAUACUGGGUCUGAGUCACAUUUCCGGUCUGAUGUUCUUGGACCGAAUCCGAAAAGCAACCCUUUUUUCACUAUCCCUGGUCUGUUUGUGGGGUUGGGUCCUAUAGGUUUAACAGAUUCUGAUUCAAUUAGGAGCCCAACUUCGCCUCUAGAUUUCAGGGUGUUUUCGAAUCUAGGCAGCCCCUUUAGGUCCCCAAGAUCACCUCUCGAUGGGCAUAAGAGGAGCUGGGGUAGUAGUAAAGUAGGCUUAAGCAUCAUCGACUCUUUUGAUGAUGAUGUGAAGUGUUCUGGGAAAGUUCCCAGAUCAUCGGAGAGUAAGAACAUUCUUUUUGGACCUGGGAUGAGGAUUAAAACCCGAGAUUCUCGAUCCAAUACCAAUUCUAUUGGGUCACCUAGAUCUCUGCCCAAGAACUAUGCAAUUUUCCCUCAUUCCAAAGUCAAGUCUCCUUUACAAGAGAGUAGCUCUGAUGUUGUUUUUGAAAUUGGAGAAACCCCAUCAGAACCUGAGUCAUUUGGAAAAAUAAGGUCUUGCUCAUUCGAUUCUGCUAGGACCUUUUCAACCCUAUCAGGUUUAAGCAAGCUUAACCCCAAUUCUACUAGAAAUUUUUGCUUGGAGAAUGUAACCAACCCACAAUUUAUAGGAGGAAGCCCCAACUCUGCCACCCUAAUGAAUGUUGGAUCCACUGGUUCUGGCAAUGAGUUUGUUGGGUCUCUCUCAGCUAGUGAGAUUGAGCUUUCUGAGGAUUAUACUUGUGUGAUUUCUCAUGGUGCCAAUCCAAAAACAACUCAUAUCUUUGGUGACUGCAUUUUGUGCCACUCUGAGGAUUUGAGCAAAUCUUUUGAGAAUGAGAAGAAGGGAAUUGGAUCACCUCAGCUGGCUACAAGCUUGGGGAGUUUUGUUCAGUACCCCUCAAACAAUUUCCUGAGCUUCUGCCACUACUGUAACAAGGAACUGGAAGAGGGGAAAGACAUUUACAUAUACAGGGGUGAAAAAGCAUUUUGCAGCUUAAGUUGCCGCUCUGUGGAGAUUUUGAAUGAUGAGGAAUUGGAAAUGUGCAAUGAUGAACCUUCUGAAGAGCCUCUUGAGUCAGAUGAUGGCAAGGAACUUUUUUUUGAAACUGGCCUCAUUGCUGAUAAAUAAGAGAUUUCUCCACCUCCACCAUACCAUGUUUGAUGAGACCUGUUAUAGAGGCAGACACCCCUGAUCAUCUGUUUACGCAGAGCUGUUUGUGUGCAUCGCUUGGCAGCCAUGGAUGAUUGUUUUGUACAUGUUUGCGUUGCUAACUGUGUUUCAGCUUUCAUGAUCUUGGUGGAUGAUAGGUUACUAGUUUUGCUAUCCAUAAACUAGACAUUGAUGUAAUGCCAUCGAAGUACUAUAUAUUACUGCUUUGUAAUUCAUGUGGGAGGGUGAUAACCGACUUUUUUGGCUUCCCCCCAUUUUACUACUUCAACCUUCGUCUUUUUGUGACAAGAGUUGUGUAAUCAUGAACCAGUUUUUGACUGAAUAUAUAAAGUACUAUUACCAAUACAU